UAGGAUGUGAACUCUGAUUCCUGAGAGGUGACAUAAGGGAGUACGACAGAUGCACUAAAGUCUUUUCUUUUUUUAACCUGUACAGUUUGCUAUGGAUGCCUGAUGUAGAUGCUAUUGUCUACAGAAGUAGGAGAUUGCAGAAACAACUACCAAGUGGGGAUAUCCUCGUCUAACCAGUGAAUGCAAAGGCUGUGCAGUCUUCACUUGUAUCCCCUCAAUGACUGCAAGAAGAGAGAUACUUUAUAAACACUACAGGACACAUUACCCGGAAGGGACUUGCUUGUAUAUGUAGGACUUGUAUUUCACUGGUCCCUAAAUACUAGGCAGUGCAUUGUGGUGCUGGGCGAAUAUCCCAUUUUAUCUUUACCAAUACGGAUUACCCUGAGAAAAUACAUUUCCUUAAAUCAAUGGAGAGGUCACGGCGUCUUUUUCCCUGGAUUGUUUGUCUGCUUUUGUCACAGCCUGGAAUUCAGGCUCAUGAGAAUUACACCUGGUUCCAGAGUCACCCAGGUUUCCGGGUCUUGAUCUCUGCCUCACAUUACUGGCCCCUGGAGGUUGUGAAUGGAAUUCAUGAGCUGCGUCAGCCCAAUGAAGGCACAACCAGUCCUGAGAAUGAAAAUGAUAUAACUGUCACCAUCCACAACUUCACUUCGCUUCCUUACCAUUACCCCACCUCUGUUCAUACCAAUGACUCUGCCUACUCUAAGUUCACAGCAACUGUAGAUAUUUUAGAAGGCACAGUCAACAAGGGCAUUUACCUCAAUGAACACAAAAGUGAUUCACUCCUUUACUUUGGAAGCUCCAAAAAUUCAUGCAUUAGUAACCCAAGUGCUUGUGGACCUGAAGGUGUAACAUUUUCCUUUUUCUGGAAGAUUCAAGAUGAACAGAAAAAGCAGCAGCAACAGGAAAAACAAUCCCAAGCUAAUCAACAGGAGCAGCCUCAAAGUAGGGGGCAAAAGCCGCGUCAAGCACAGGCAUCAGGGAAAAAAGUAACAUCUAACGGCUUUGAGGUCUAUGCUGAUGAACAUGAAGGUUAUGUGGAAAUCUAUACUCGUGAAACUUCAAGAGUAUGGAAGGCAAACAUCAUCCCACCAGGGCCUUACUGGACACAUGUUCUGUUUACUUGGACAUCAGCGGAAGGUUUGAAGGUUUAUAUGAACGGCACCUUCAAUGCCAGUGAUUCCAGAGGACAAGUAUCCCACAGCUACGGAGACGGAAAUGACAGUUUAGUAGUUGGAACAAACAGCGAUUCUUCUAAGAACUAUGUCAACGGAGCCUUUGAUGAGUUUAUUAUAUGGGAAAGAGCACUCACACCUCAGGAGAUUUACUUAUAUUUCAUGCUUGCCAUUGGUGAGGAAACAUUUACUUCAACAAUUUCAAGUAUUUCAAGCACUUCACACCCUCCGAUUUCCACAGAUGCUUACUAUCCUAUUAUAACCAACCUGACUGAAGAGGGAAAGAAAUUCACACACUCAGAGCCAGUUUUUGGCUACCUAGAAAUUAUGUCUCAGAUCCUGCCCAAUAAAUCAUUGUCAAGAGACACGGCACAAAGCCUAACACAGACCUUCUUGAAAACAGUAGAAGAAUUGCUCCUGCUCCCUACCUGGAAUGAUAUAUCAUUGGAUCACCCUGAUGUUGGAGGACUCAUUGAUACUGUUGAUAAAGUGAUGGGACACGUGGCAUCUAACAUUCCAGAAAAUCCUUCUGUCAUAGUAACUCUGGAAGGCAAAUCAUCUGUAGCAGAUUACUCCAUGGUUAGAGUGCCUCAAGAUCUGAGUUUGCCUCAUUAUCGUUUUCCAUCUGAAGGGCAGACUUUUAUCUCUAUUCCAGGAGAAGCAUUUCACACCAAAUCUCGAACUACCAUCGUUGGAUUACUGUACCAUACUAUGCACUACCGCUACAAGCAGAUUAAACCUAGUGACACCAGGAUUUCUGGGAUUGAUCCAAAUACAGAUCACAUGAUUUCAGCUACCAGUCAUCUCAUCUCUCUUAAAGUGGAACCUCCUCCUGUAUUGUGUCCAAACCUUUCUGGAUCACCUCUUAUAACUAUCCACCUGAAGCACAUUCUGACCCGACGACUGUACACUGAAGCUGUGAAUAUUAGUAACCAGGUCCACUUGUACUGCGCAUUUUUGGAUUUUAGUUCUGGUACUGGUAUCUGGUCCAGUGAGGGUUGUGCUCGGGUAGAAGGGAACCUAAAUUACUCUGUUUGUCUUUGCAAUCAUCUCACCAACUUUGCCAUUCUGAUGCAGGUGGUUCCAGUGAAGCUCUCUGACUCCCACAAGGCGGCGCUGUCCUCCAUCAGUUAUGUCGGCUGCUCCCUCUCCAUUUUCUGCUUGGCAAUUACACUGGUCACAUUUGCUAUACUGUCUUCUGUAAGCACCAUACGCAAUCAGCGAUAUCAUAUCCAUGCCAACCUGUCUUUUGCAAUUCUAGUUGCUCAGAUCCUGCUACUUAUCAGCUUUAACUUUGAGUCUGAGACGCUUCCAUGCAAGGUCAUUGCAAUUUUGCUGCAUUUCUUCUUCUUAAGUGCAUUUGCCUGGAUGCUGGUGGAAGGAUUGCACCUUUAUAGCAUGGUAAUCAAGGUCUUUGGCUCGGAAGAGAGCAAACAUCUCUACUAUUAUGGUAUUGGAUGGGGUUCUUCUCUAGUGAUCUGUACUGUGUCUGUAACAUCAGCAUUGGACAGCUAUGGCAUCGGGGGCAAUUGCUGGCUUUCUUUGGAGAAGGGAGCGAUAUGGGCUUUUGUGGCACCUGCCCUGUUUGUGAUUGUGGUAAAUAUUGGCAUCCUUAUUGCAGUCACCAGAAUUAUCUCCAGAAUUAGUGCUGACAAUUACAAGGUGCACAGAGACGCUAAUGGAUUCAAAUUAACGGCUAAGGCAGUUGCUGUGCUGUUACCAAUCCUUGGAAGCUCCUGGAUCUUCGGAGUUCUUGCAGUCAAUGAGCAAGCAAUAAUAUUUCAAUACAUGUUUGCUGUAUUCAACUCUUUACAAGGAUUUUUUAUCUUUCUCUUCCACUGCCUCCUGAAUUCUGAGGUGAGAGCUGCUUUUAAGCACAAAACCAAGGUAUGGUCACUUACCAGUAGCUCCAUUCGGAACAUCAAUGUGAAGCCUUUCAACUCUGACAUAAUGAAUGGGAACAGAGCCAAUGUAACACCCACAAAGAUGAAUACCUGGGACAAAAGUAGUAAUUCAGCAAACAGGAUUGAUUUGUCUGCAGUCUAAUUCAGAGGCCUGAUUGUCAGAUUAUCUACUCAUAUCAGCAUCUUCUCUACAGCUGCAGCAACAACAUGCUCAUUAGCUUUAUAGGAAUACGGAACAUUAAAGAUAUGUGUCAACCGCUGCAGGAAUUCUGCAACUUCCAUUCCUUUUAACAAAUAACGCUCUGGUGUUCUGCUUUUCCACUGGCAAAACAUAGUGUUCUACCAUACAAAAUAUUCUGAAGGCAAUCACAGAAGGAUCAUGUUACUUUUGAAGACAUUUAUGAGUGACAGCUCUCACCCUUCACUGACAAAUUUUUCACACAAAUUAAAGUUCUCAAAUUGAUUUAGAUGGAAACAAGAAUGUUCCAUGAAUGACAAAGUCCUGCUGAAUAUUCUGUUCUACGGUUUCUGCUAUGAAGUUUUUGUUGUCAAUGAGAGGGUAAAGCUAUAAGGCAUCCUGCAGUGUAAAUAGGUACACAGAUAUUUGUUGUGCAUGGCAAUCAACAUUAUUUAUCCAUGUCAAAUAACUUAUAGGUGUUUUCUGUAUGCUGAACUAAUCUUGUGCAUGGUCCUCUAGCAGGGUCGUGUUUCAAUUUCUUUAAAAUGUGUUAGCUGUUUUAUUUAUGUAUUUGACCAGGGUUAGAAAGGGAACAACAAUAUGUUGUUUAAAAAAAUAAUAGUCAAAGAGGCUAUAAAUGAAAAAGGGUUAUAGUAUUUUUUUAAACAAUCAUUUUAGUUUUAAUCAUGCAUUUUUUAAUGUAUAUCUUCAAAUGGGUUUACUAUACAGAUCAUACAAUUGGAAAAAAUAACAAUAUAGUGAGCUUUUGUGUCGUCUUAAAGGGACAGUAAACCCAAACAUUUUCUUUCAUUGUUUAGAGAAUACAAUUUUUCAAAAGUUUCCAAUUUACUGCUAUUAUCGAAUUUGCUUUGUUCUCAUGUUAAUCUUUGUUGAAGAGAUACCUGGGUAGGUAGUGUGCACAUGCCUGAAGCACUCCAUGACAGGAAAAAAGUGCUGCCAUCUUGUGCUACUGCUAAUGUAUAACAUUGUUGCAAAACUGCUGCCAUAUAGUCUGUAGACACGUGCACACUCAUGAGCUUACCUCCCAGCAUUUCAACAAAGGAUAACAAGAAAAUGAAGAAAAUUUGAUAACAGAAGUAAAUUGGAAAGUUGUUUAAAAUUGUAUGCGCUAUCUGAAUCAUGAUUCAUGAAAUAAAACAAUUGGGUUUUAUGUCCCUUUAAUGCAUUUGUGUCAAUCAAUAUGUAUGGUAUGCUAAAUAAUUUAACACUAACAAUGCUCUAGCCACUAGUAAUGUAAUCUAAUUUUUUCAUUGUAUUUAACCCAACUAAUCCAGUGUGAAUUUGCCUUCAUCACAUGCCCAUACUGAAUACCUGUAUAAUUUCACAAAAGCAUUCAUGCUUGUGAUGCUCUGAUCUUAUCUCACAAGUAGGCUUAUUCUCGCUAUGGACGUUAUACUACUAAUAAUACUUUGUUGUAUUCACUAUGCUGUGCACAGGAAACUCAUUUACACUCCCACAUCUGAGCAUUCACCUUGCAUUUAAAUUUGUAAAUGUGCACACAUCUAUACAAAUGUACAAAUAUUUAAAUAUAAACACACUUUUGAGCCCUUCCCAGUCAAAUAAUUUGAAACAUACAAUAUCAUUUUUAUUCAUUUUUUUAUGUUUUGACUAGAAAUACUUGAAAUUCAUAUGUUCUUUACUUAGAAAAAAAUGUUCUUUUUAUUUAAAAAAUAAUAAUAAUAAAAAAUAAAUAAAAAUAAUAAAAUAAAUAAAUAUAUAUAUAUACUGUGGGGCCGAUUUAUGAAAGUGCGGAUGGAAAUGAUCCGCUGUAGUGAUCAUGUCCACCGCACAUCGAUAAAUGUUGACAGCAUAUGCUGUCGGCAUUUAUUAUUGCACAAUUGUCAGCAGCUGAAAAUAAGUUUAACGUAUUGUACCCAAAUAAUGUAGUCAAACUUGGGGCCGGGACCAGUAUUUUGGGCAUCAUGGCAGCCACCGUAGGGUAAUUUAUGUAUACUGUGUGUGUAGUUAAACCAGCAUACACAAUGUGCAUAAAAUAUAUACUGUAUGUAGUUCCUGAAGUCUAUGUAUAUGAACACAUAAAAAGCUAUACAUUACAAAUCACCUCAUGCUACACAUAUUUAGACUGUGGAGUUCUUUCAUUGCUCAGCCUACAGGCGAAGGUGCCAAGUUGCCUGCAAAUUGUUAUCGCUAACAGCAUUUUCAUAAUGGUUUGCACCAGAGGCCUUGUGAACUCAGGGAAAAUGUAGCAGUGCCAGUGUUAGGCUUCAUACGCUUCUUUAUAACUAAUGACAUUAGUUCACUAUGUGUAUUUUGAGUUUUCAAAUAAAUAUACACCAAGCUGCUUAUAUCUUGUGUCUAUAUGGUUACCACAUACUGAAUACAUAAAAAAGGACAGACUUUGUAUAACAUAAUUACAACCAGGCAUAACUUUAUAUUUUAAAAUGAACCUUUAUUUGGCACAAGUAGCCUGGUAAAUAAAGUGACAGUUAUAACGUACAACGUCUGAUAAGGUUUAUUUACUCAUCCCAACAUUUUCAUGAUUCAAAUAGAACAUGCAAUUUUAUACAACUUUCAAAUUCACUUCUAUUAUCUAAUUUGUUCUCUUGGUAUCCGUUGUUGAAAAGAAUACCCAGGUAGGCUUGUGAGCUGGGACCUAGCUACUGAUUGGUGGCUGCACAUAUAUGCCUCUUGUCACUGGCUUACUGAUGCAUUUAACUAAUUCAUUGCCAGUGGCGUCACUAGGGUUGGUGUCACCCGGUGCGGUAAGUCAUGGUGUCACCCCCCCCCCCCAGAAAGCAGUCACACAAAAAAACACAGGCAAACACACAUACAAACACUCAGACACACUUAAACACAUACUCAGAUGCACACACAAACACUCGGAAACACACUCAGACACACACAGAAAAACACUGAGACACACAAAAACUCAGACACACACAUACAAAAUAUGUAAACUGCACUGCAUUAAUUAGGAAGCUCAUGCCUAGAGCUGCUCCCUGGCUCAGCAGAACAUCAAAUGAAAGAUAAACAGAGCACUCUAAAAUAAAUCACUGAAGAAAAGGUUUAGGCACGCAAACUAUGAAAAUUCUGCUCUCUGACUCUGUUCCAAGUCUGUCAGUGCACAGCCCUGGGCCGCAUGUCACUGAGCAGUGAGCACAGAUAGGCAGGCAGGUUUAGGCUAGCAGCGCAACUUUGCAAGCCCCACGGCACACCCACAACAUUCAUAGUGAAAUUGGGCAGGGGAGGAGCAAAGUACAAACAAGCAAAAGCAGCCAGGAAAACUAUUUGUUGAAAUUGCAGCACUGGCUCAAGGGGAAAAAAAUUGUGUGUCUACAACUUCCCCAGUCCCACUAAUGUUCACAAAUGCCAGCCUCUAAUAAAAUAAUCUAUGCAUCUCAACAUUGUAUUUCUUUGAAUUUCAAUAAAAUUUAAAAAAAAAAAAAAAAUUUUUUUUUUUGGUGUCACCCCCUGGAGGGUGUCACCCGGGUGCGGCCCGCCCCCCCCCCCUAGUGACGCCACUGUUCAUUGCGCACCUUCAAUAAAGGAUACCUAGAAAAUUAAGCAAAAUUGUUUAUAGAUGUAAAUUGGAAAGUUGUUUAAAAUGUAAUGCUCUAUCUGAAUUAUUUUAGGUUUCAAGUCCGUUUAAGGAUAGUUUAAGGAUGGAAUAGUUUAUCUAAAGUUUAAAAAGCAUUUUUAAACAACAAUUAAACAACAAUUUACUUCUGUUAUCCUUUGUUCUCUUGGUAUCGUUUAUUGAAGAGAAAAACUAGGUAGACUAAUAAGAGCUCAGGAGUGUGCACGUGUCUUUAGUACUCUAUGGUAGCAGUGCUUUGCAACAUUAUUUGUAGCUUUGUUAUAAAAAAAUAUAUAUAUCAUGUCAUCGCUUUUUUUCACUUUUGGGGGGUGCUGGGGGUGGGGGGGCUUCAGGUUUUUGUGCCUACAGGCACCUGAGAUGUAAAUCUGGCCCUGCUCACAGCAUGAGAAUGAAGCUCCCAUUGGAGCCUAUGGAAGUGUGCUCUCGUAAGCGCAAGGCUUCAAGGGAAUGCAAACGCAAGUUUGUGUUUGCAUUGUGCUUAACUUGUAAUACCAGCACACAUUUGCGUGUGCUGGUAUUACUGAGCAAUUUUAAGCUCCACUCAUAAUCUAGGCCAUUAUAAUUGCAUCUGUAUAUAUUCAUAUAUAUUUAUAUAUAUAUAUAUAUAUAUAUAUAUAUACAGUAGACAUACUGUGUAUAUAUAUAUACUGUAUAUAUAUAUAUAUAUAUAUAUAUAUAUAUAUACAGUAUAUAUUUUAUAUAUCUUUAUAUAUAUUCAAUUAAAAAUAAAAGGAAUGUAAAGUAUUCCUAAUGCACCUUUGGGUUUAGCACAGUUGAUCUAGCUCAGUGUCAGGUUAGCAUGCGAGUGAUAACUAAUAUUUUCUUUAGUGCACCCAUAAAAGUCUAUUAGGAGAAGAAGUAAGUGCCUGAGCUAACUUUUUUACUAUUAAAUUGUAAUACAUGCGCUAAUCCGGCCUUGCUAAAAUUUUAACUUGAGCACAGUUAGAGUGUGAGGAAAAAAACUCUGACCCAUAGUAUGCAACUCUUUAUAAGCUCACAUUCUUCAUAGUCUCUCAAUAAAAUCAUAUAGAUAAUCAAGAAUUCCGUUGAUUACAAUAUUUUAAAUAUAACAGAUACCAAAACAUUUUAUUAUAUUAAAUACUACUGAAAUAUUAUAUAAUAAAUAAGUAUUUCAUUAUUUUAAAUAUGAAUUGUUUAAAACAAUGGAGAAAAAUAUAUUAUUUACACAUAAAAAUCUGACUUAGAGGCAACCUAAUUAAUUUAGUACAAAUUUAAAAAUAUAUUCUAUUGCGAUUGAGUUGAUCAUAGGUGAAAGUGGCCAAUAAAAAACAGUGUUUUAUUAACCAGGUUUUUAGAGUUGCUGGGCAACAUGCUCUGAGACGUAUACUGUUUAAAGGGAAAGAAAGGUCAAAAAUGAAAAUCAUUUUGAAAUAGAAGCAUAUUUGCAAUAUACUUCCGUUAGCAAAAAUGCUUCUGAUAAAGAUUUAUUACUGUUUUUCUGUGGCAUAUGCACAUAUCCUGUGAGGGCCAGUUCACCAGUAUUUAAAAACCACACCAUCUCAGAGGGUCAGCAGUAACUUGUAGGACACACAUUUGGUCAUCAGAAGCAAUACAAACCAGAGCCAGCUCUAUGAUCUUGCAUAUUGUUUGAAAACCAGUGCACGGCCCUCACAGGAUAUGUGCAUAUGCCACAGAAACAGUAAUUGCUUUAACUAAUGGAAGUAUAUAGCAAAAAUGCUUACAUUUCAAAUUGAAAUACACCCAUUCACAUUUAAUUUUUGACCUUUUUAUCCCUUUAAUGCUUUUCAUGUUAAGGUUAACAUCACCAAUGAAAACUUACCCAGAGUCUAUUUAAAAAUCACUAUUAUGUCACUUUAAAAUAUAAACCUAAAAUAUAUUUGCAGCUAGGUGGCGGCCAAGCUACCAUAUUGCCACUUAGCAACGAUGUUACCAGCUUUUUCAGCCUUUUCAAUCAAGCAUAAUUACCAGAGUUGUACCUUUUGAAAAAUCAGUUUAAUGUUAUAUUGCUAUUGAAUAUGUACACUCAUUGAAUGAAUGAAUAUAUAUAUAUAGUAUACAUAUAUAUAUAUAUAUAUAUAUAUAUAUAUUAUACAUAUAUAUAUAUAUACAUAUAUAUAUAUCUAUAGUAUAUAUACAUUGUGAUAAAAUUUCAGACAGAUCCUUCAUGAAUUAAAUAUUGUAUGAUUGAAAAUGUAAAGUAGAACUGAUCUGAAAGUACUGUGGGACGUUACUGUGAAAUGAUUACAUUUUCAAAAUGGUACAAAAAAAUUGCAUUCAUCUUAAUAGGGUAAUGUUGGGCAAAUUUUCUCCUUCAUGCAAUUCUGCCCACUCAAGCAUAUACACUUACAUUUGUGAUGCAUUUGAAUCACCAUUUUUAAAACAAUGUGAAGGUCAUGUGUACUGCAAGCAACUCUCUCCUGCUGCAUAUUUUGCCACUCGUAUUAUGGUCAUUUGUUCAUGCCACAGUUUAUAUUUUCAUUCUAAUGCAAAAUAACAGAGUAAUUCCUGGUUUUAGCUCAGUCUUACUGUAAAUCUCUGGACCCAUGUCUGGACCUAGUGCUCUAUUGCCAUUACCUACAGCUAGAUAUGCAUUAUCCCAUGAGAUCUAUUUGUGGCUUUAUUUAAUCCUCAUAUUGCUAUGUUGAAAAUGAUCAAAUUAAAAAGUAUUGAACAAUAUUUCUUUAAAUUAGUGGGUAUUGUAAAAUCUCUCAUUCUGCCAUAUUGCAGCCAAAUUUGUGGAUCCAUUCAAGAGUAAUGAGGAUUUUAGCAUAAUAAAAUAUAGCAGUUAACUUUCACCUUUUAGAGAAUUAAAGAUUAAUGUAAAGAUUAAUGUAAUGGUAAAAUAUAGCUUUUUUAUUAAUUCUUUACAGCUUUGGCACCAAAUGGGUUAAACAACUUUUGCUGACCCAUAUAGACUUCCAUGCGUUGUUUUUACAAUAAAUCCAAAGUAUGCUCUAUUUUUAAUUCAUCAAGCAAUCCCUAAGUGCAUUAGCAUUUCUGGCCUGCAGAUUUAUCUGUAAUAAUUUAAGGCAAGCAUCCUUAGUGACAGCUACGUAUUGCUGAUCCAAGGCCUUGAAUAUUUAUAUAUUAAAUUAAAUAAAAAUUCUGCAGAACCAAAAGAGUCAUCCUUUAUAUUUAACCGAUGAAGAUCACAGUUUUGAUAGUAUCAAGUAUUUUUCCUCAUCUUUAAGUCUUGGUAAGAUAAAGUGAAAUCUAGUCACACUAAUUACACAUAAGAAGACCUGUAACUAUAUUUGUGUAUCAUCAAUAACUAACAUCUCAUAACCAACAUAAAUGUGCAUAAGAAGUGUAGUUUCAUUGUAUUCAUUUGUGUGUUAAACGCAUUGGAAGCCACUCUACGUAAUGUAUCCCAAAGUAUAAUUAUUUAAAUAUGUAUUUCUUAGUUUAUUUAAGUGCAAUAUUUUAUUUGCUUUUGUUUGCUAUUUUUACAUUUUCUUUAGGGGACAGUAAAGUCAAAAUCUAAACUUUCAUAUUUAAAGAACUUUCCAAUUUACUUCAUAAUGUAAUUUCCUUUGUUCUUUUGCUAUCCUUUGUUGAAAAGCAUAUCUAGGUAGGUUCAGGAUCAGCACUACUGGGAGCUAGCUGUGGCUUACCAGAUGUGUUUAGCUAGCUCCCAGUGCCUCUCUGUUAACACAGGAUACAAGAGAAUGACGCAAAGUUCAAAAUAUAAGUAAAUUGUAUACUCUAUCUAAACCAUAAUAGAAAAAAAAUGGUGUUUCAUGUCCUUUAAAUUCAUUUUCAUUCUAACAUCUUAAAGGGAUUCUGUAUUCAAAAGUUUCCCUAUAUCCUAAUGAAAGAGCAACAUUGAACCAUAAAGGCAUUUUUUAUUUUUUUUAUAUUUAUGCAUAACUAAACAUUUUGCGCUAGAUUUCAAGUGGAGUGCAACUGAUAGCGUAGGGUGCUUUAUCCUUUUUACGACUGCGUUAAGAAUAGUGCAUAAUCUGGUAUUAUAAGUGAAUGAUAAAAAAGGUUUACCAGAGAAUCUUAAUACAACCAACAUUUUUUUAGUGUGCUUUAUACUUUGAAUGGAUAGUGCAGGACGCAGUUAUUGCUUAUAUUACAAGUUGUGUUAAGUGUUGUGCUCAAGCGCAACACGAAAUAGCGAAAAGUAAAAUGUUAAUGCUUGAAUAAAUGCAUAACAAAACAUGUGUUAAUAAAUUAAAUUAAAGUAUUUCAUGCAUAUUUAUACACAUUAAAUACAAACUAAAGAUUUAUUAUUGAAAGCAAAACAAAAAAAACAUUAAAAGUAAUUUAAAAUGCUCUGCUACGUGGCAAAGUGUUGCACUGGGAAGGGUUUAAACGUCUAAGGGCUAGAUUACAAGUGCAGCACAAUUUAGCACUUUCGCUAUAGCGAUAAUUUCGAUAGAAUAUUUUUUUUUUACGUGCAUUGGCUUGCGCUGGUAUUAUGAGUUGAAAGUUAUCUUGCUUGCCACACCCAAUCGCAUAUUCUCAUGUGCACUAACCCAUUCUAAUGUUCUGCAUAAAUACAUAUUUCUACAUACAUCUAAUGGUAUGUUAGUACAAUAUAUAUCUUUACCUAUAUACUGUAUAUACAGUAUAUAUAUAUAUAUAUAUAUAUAUAUAAUUAUGUAAAUACAUAUAGACACAUAUAAAUACAUAAAUAGAUAUGUAAACCCAUAUAUAGACAUAUAUAUAUAUAUAUUUAUAUACACAUACAUAUAUACACAUCUUUAGAUCUUUAGAGAUGUAUAUGUAUGUAUGUCUAUCUUAAAGUUCUUUGCCUGUAUUUUUUUUUCUAACACCUUAGACCUCAUAUCUUUGAGCCCUUAUAACUUUUGUGUGCAAUAUAUUUUUUAAAUAAUUUUUAUUAGAUGGUGUGAUUAUGUGUGUAACUUUACUGUGUAAUGUAUUUUUGAUGUGUAUUGUGACACUUUUUUGUUUUGCAAAAAAGUUAACGACAGCUCUGAAAAUGCGGUAAUCAUUCUAGCGUUAAUCGCAAUUGCGCUCACACGUUCACAUUUACUGUCAACAUGUAAUACCAGCACAAUGUAACCUGUGCGCAAUCGCAAAAAAACAAUAUGUGUAUAUAAGGGUGUAUAUAGAUAUGUGUAUGUGUGUUUACAUAUGUAUGUAUUUGAGCUAUAUUUUAAACAUAUAUUUCAAUAGAAAAUCAUAAUCGACUGGAGUUUUUUUAGUGCACCCCCAUAUGUGAGGGAUUUUUGCACCCACAUUAUCGGACAUCCAUUUGUUGGCACACCCUAGACUUUCACUCAAGCGAUAGUAUAUUACUUUUAACUUGUACUAUGGGCACAAAAUGAUUUAACUUGAGCUAAUAUUUUUGUGCUGCACUUGUAGUCUAAAUCUUGCUUGGGAUUGAAAAUGGAUUUAAAUGUUUCUUUAAAUCAGUGUGAAGUGUUUUGUACUUUGUAAACAGUAUGAUUAUACAUGAUAUAUACAUGAUUAUACAAUUGACUAAGUGGUUACAAGAUGAAUAAUAAAAUUAUUUAUACACUGAAAAUAUUAUUAAAGGGCCAUUACAGUAUUAAAAUGAUGUGCUCUAAUCUAUUUGAGCAUGGAAUUGUAACACUUGCAACGCUGUAAUGCUUUGGGUUAACCCACCAAAGAGGUUAGUCACACAGUUAAAGACCGGCUCUGGACCUGCAGAGCACUGUCAUUGAUUAAAUCAGCAGAGCUAGUGGUAAAUUACAUAGAAUUACAGAGUUGGUAGUGUUAAAUUAUAUGCUGCAACAGAAUAUAGCAUGUAACGUUAACUAACUCUAUAAUGACCCUUUAAAACAUGCCACUUUUUUAUUUUAUUUUUUUCAAAGAACGAUCUGUACAACUUUGUAUGUGACUCAUUUAGUCUAAACAUGUUUCAUCACUUUUAUUCUUGAAAAAAAUGUUAAUUAUAUGUAUAAAUAUUUUGCUGCAAUAUGGCAAAAGGUAUUGUUGAAAUAAAAUUCAAUCUAGAGAUUUGCAAGAAUGUUUCCAAAUGAA